UAGCAGAGGUUGGAUACGGUACGGUAGUCUGUUUUCCACGCCAAAGUACAGUUUUGGUCCAGAAUCACAAAAAUUUGAGAUGUUUCUAAAGUCUGCAAGUGCUAAUCUCAUAAGUUUGGACGAUCUGUAUAUGAAUUGAGGGUUACUGGCCUGCAGAAAUCUCAGUAUCUUGGCGAUUUAUACUACAUCGACCUCUUGUUUGACCUUCUUAUUUCGCAUAACAACAUAUCUGCCAUCAAUAUGGCUCCCAAGAACUCUACGAGGUUCGGAUUCCAGAUCUUGAGUACUUUGGAUCAUAAUACCUCUGGACCAAGACUCGGAAGAAUCACCGUGGAAGGACGGAAAGAUCUGGAAACCCCGGAUUUCCUAGCCAUUACCUCUCGGGGCGUUAUACCUCAUAUGACACCAGAUGUAAUUGCAGCACAUGCACGAGUACCAGGUGUUCAUUUCGCUUUGGAAGACUGUAGGUUCCAUAUCCUCCCUUGUAUCACGUGUUUAUUCAUGCUCGUUCUGUCCUGAUCUUUUCUAGUCAUAGAAAAGAGCAAUAAAACAACCAUUUCUCCUAUCUUGAAUUUCCCUGGAGCAGAGCCACCCCUUCAUUCUUUCACAGGCUUGUCCAGAUCAGCCAUAUCUCUUUUAGCACCGAGACGGACACCAGCUGUUGCAGCUCCUAAUGGCAAUAGCAACACUGCCAUCUCUGUUUUUACAUCGACAGGAUUCCAACCUCUUUCUAAUAAGUCAUAUGUUGAUUCAAUCGAAACUUUACGUCCAGAUAUAGCGAUUGCGCUGGCUGAUGUUCCUUAUAGCACCAUAGCUGGAGCAAAACGUACCGCCAAGAUGGGCGAUAGAAGCGGGCAGUGGCUGGCUCAGUUGUUGUCCGACAAAGUCAAGGAACAGCCUGUAUUUGCACCUAUAUUACCUGUAGAUUAUCAAAGUCAAUGGGAAUAUGUAAACCAGAUAUCCGAUGAGCUCGUGGAUGAGAUCUCAGGUCUAGCAUUCUAUGACUCGAACCUUCUUCCCGAAAUUCCAGAGACAACAGCGAUGUCUUCACUCCCUCGCCUUUCUUUGGAUGAACCUUCAUCUCCUCAUCAUGUGCUUCGCCAAAUCUCCCUCGGAAUGGAUAUCUUCACCAUCCCAUUCAUCAAUUUCGCCACAGAUGCUGGAAUCGCACUGACCUUCGAAUUCCCAUCUGCAAGCACCUCUCAAUCCUCAAACGAAGGUAGCUCAGUCCUUCCACUCGGUAUUAACAUGUGGACAUCAGCCCACGCUACCUCCCUCCUCCCUCUCUCCCAAUUUUGCAAAUGCUAUGCAUGCACUUCCCACCACCGCGCAUUCAUCCAACAUCUACUUUCCGCCAAAGAAAUGCUCGGCUGGGUCUUACUCCAAGUCCACAAUCAUUAUAUCCUCUCGGAAUUCUUCACCUCGAUACGACAGAGUAUAAAAGAAGGCACAUUCGAGAAAGACUGCGAGAAAUUCGCCAGAAUAUAUGACAGCGAGCUUCCGGAAAAAAGUGGUCAAGGACCUAGAAUGAGGGGUUAUCAGUAUAAAAGCGAAGGACGAGGCGAGAGAAAGAAGAAUAAAGCUGCCUGGAAUAAUUUGGGAGCUGGGGCUAGUGGCACUGGGUCAGAAGUUGCGCUUGUGCUAGAUGAGAACUCGAAAGAGCUUGAAGAGAAAGGUUUUACGGAGAAACUGGAAAAUUAAAUAAUGAGGCAUUGGUUACUAUUAUGUCAUUAUCAUGUGUGAGAGGAGUAAUAGAUUUUCGAAGACAAGAAAUGGCCAUCUGUCUCCUCGACUCUGUCACAAUUGUCAUGUAAUGAUUCUCACAUACACUUUACUUGAGACUUUAAAAUACCACUGAGGC